CCGGCGCUCGCUGCUGACGUCACCGCUGGCGCGACGCGGCGGGGGCGCCUGAAGGUGACGGUGGUCCCGGUCCCGGUGCCCGCCCCGCCAUGGCCGCCCGGCAGCUGCUGGCGUUGCGGCGCCUGCCCACGGCCGCCACCGCCGCCUCCUACUCGACGGCGCCCAAGAAGACGCAGUUCGGGUCGCUGCGGGAUGAGGAUCGGAUCUUCACCAACCUCUACGGGCGGCACGAGUGGAGGCUGCAGGGCGCUCUGCGCCCCAUCCGGGAGGCCUACGAAGCCGGGCUGCUGGGCAAGGACGCCUGCGGCUCGGGCUACGCCUUUGACGUCUUUGUGGUGAGGGGCGCCGGAGCCUACAUCUGCGGGGAGGAGACGGCGCUGAUCGAGUCCAUCGAGGGCAAGCAGGGCAAGCCCCGCCUGAAGCCCCCCUUCCCCGCCGACGUGGGUGUCUUCGGCUGUCCCACCACGGUGGCCAACGUGGAGACGGUGGCGGUGGCCCCCACCAUCUGCCGGCGGGGGGGGGCCUGGUUCGCCAGCUUCGGGCGGGAGCGCAACUCGGGGACGAAACUCUUCAACAUCUCGGGGCACGUCAACAACCCCUGCACGGUGGAGGAGGAGAUGUCGGUGCCACUCAAGGAGCUCAUCGAAAAACACGCUGGGGGUGUCCGCGGGGGCUGGGACAACCUGCUGGCCGUCAUCCCGGGGGGGUCCUCCACGCCACUGCUCCCCAAGUCGGUGUGUGAGACGGUGCUGAUGGACUUCGAUUCCCUGGUGCAGGCGCAGAGCGGGCUGGGCACGGCCGCCGUCAUCGUCAUGGACAAAUCGACCGACAUCAUUAAAGCCAUCGCUCGCCUCAUCGAGUUUUACAAGCACGAGAGCUGCGGGCAGUGCACGCCGUGCCGGGAAGGCGUGGACUGGAUGAACAAGGUGAUGGGGCGGUUCGUGCAGGGCAACGCGCAGGCGGCCGAGAUCGACGCGCUGUGGGAGAUCAGCAAACAGAUCGAGGGACACACCAUCUGCGCCCUGGGCGACGGCGCCGCCUGGCCCGUGCAGGGUCUCAUCCGCCACUUCCGACCGGAGCUGGAGGAGAGGAUGCGGCGCUACGGGGAGGCCAAAGCUCGGGCGGCGUCGGCAUAAGGAGCCGGUGGCGGAGCCAGGGCAGCCAUUUCCUGCCCCGGGGGAAGGGGGGGAUGCUCCCCGGGGGGGGGGCA